AUGGCCGCCGCAGGGGCCCCCUCGAUCGAGGUCACGCGGCUGCUGCUGCACGCGCAGGACCCAGACCCAGGGGUGCGCGGCCAAGCGGAGCAGCAGAUCCAAUACUUCCAGGAGCAGAACUACGCCGGCUUCCUGGGCAGCCUCGCCUAUGAGCUGGCCAACGCAGAGAAGCCGCCGGAGAGCCGGCGGCUGGCCGGCAUCGUCCUCAAGAACAACCUCGAUGCCAAAGACGACGCCCGCAAGGCGGCGCUCGUUUCGCGCUGGGAGGCCGUCGAGCCGCCGCUGCGAGCGAGCAUCCGCGGCGCGCUGCUGCAGGCGCUCGCGAUGGAGCCGCAGGAGGUCAGGGGCACAGUGGCGCUGGUGGUCGCCAAGGUCGCGGCCAUCGAGCUGCCGCGCGGCGGCUGGGGCGAGCUCGUGCCGGCGCUCAUGGCCAAUAUGAGCGCGUCGCCGCCGGACCACGGCGUUCGGCAGGCGACGCUGCAGGCGCUCGGGUAUGUGUGCGAGGAGAUGGGGUCGCUGAAGGACGACGUGCUCAGCGCGGAGCAGAUCAACAUGGUGCUCACUGCGGUGGUGUCGGGCAUGCGGCCGGAGGAGCCGAGCGUCGAGACGCGGCUGGCGGCGGUGGAGGCGCUGCAGAACGCGAUCGAGUUUGCGGACCACAACUUUGGCAAUGAGAGCGAGCGCAACUACAUCAUGCAGGUUGUGUGCCAGGGCACCGUGGCCGGCGACGCGCGCAUCCGCGUGCAGUCUUUCGCGUGCCUCCACGAGAUCGCCGCCAAUUACUACGUCAGGCUGCCGCCCUACAUGCAGGAGAUCUUCAACUUGACGGUGAAGGCCAUCCGCGAGGACGAGGAGGACGUUGCGCUGCAGGCUGUUGAGUUCUGGUCCACGCUGUGCGACUACGAGCUGGAGCUGCUGGAGGAGGAGGGCGAGGACACGGAGGAGAGCCACAACUUCAUCAAGGCCGCGACGCCCCACCUGGUGCCGGUGCUGCUGGAGCAGCUAGUCAAGCAGGAGGAGGGCCAGGAGCAGGACGAGAGCACCUGGAACCUCGCCAUGAGCGCGGGCACGUGCCUCGGCCUCGUCGCGCGCGUCGCGGGCAACGACGUCGUGCCGGUGGUCAUGCCAUUUGUGACGACCCACAUCGCCAAGGCUGGCGGCCCCGACGACUGGCGGUGGCGCGAGGCGUCGACGUUUGCGUUUGGGUCGAUCGUGGAGGGGCCGUCGGCGGACAGCCUGGUGCAGCUGGUGCAGCAGGCCAUGCCAUUCCUGCUGCAGGUGAGUGUGUGUGAGUGUGUGUGA